AUGGUCACUCUCGUCGCUCUGGCCUCCCUCCUCGCCAUCGCCAGCGCGGGCCCAACGCCCCCCGCAGGCCCGUACACCGUCACUGUCGGGUCCCUCGGGCCGUGGACGACGCCAGACGACACCCCAGCAAACAGCUUCAUCGCCUCGGACGGCGUGUACUGGUUCCAGCAAGCGCACAGCCUGUAUGGGGUCACCGACUCGCGGCAGUGGAGCUUUUAUUCCGGGCGGGACAUGGACAGCGCGACGCGCCACGCAAUCUCGGGCGCUACCGACCCCGCGAACACGCUCGACUCGAACGCGGACACGACGUGGCGGUGCAACUCCUCCCCGACUGGCCUGCUGGCCACCUACGCGAACGGCAGCCGGAGCUACAGCCAGCGCAACUACUGCGACCUGGCCGGCGUAUGGGUCGACCCCGACUCGGGAGACUGGGUCGGGCUCGCGCAUAACGAGUUUACGCCGGCGCCGUAUGCCGACGGGCUGCACUUUGACGGGAUUGACCGUGCCAUCUCAUCCGACGGGGGCAGGACAUGGCGCAUCACGGAGCGUAUCAUCACGUCGCCGUACGCGACGACGCGCGGGGAUAACGCUGCGUUUCCCGAGCAGACGUACAGCUACGGCGACGGCGAUCCGCGGCUUACGGUCGACAUUGCGGGCGGCUACUUCUACGUGUACUACGGCUCGCGGGUACUUAACAAGGGCGGGGGCUGGGUCGCGUUCUAUGCGCACGUUGCGCGCGCGCGCAUGGCGGACAAGAUGGUCGCUGGGAGUUGGGAGAAGUGGUAUGCCGGGGCCUGGGGCCAGCCCGGCGUCGGGGGGAACGAGUCCAACCUCGUCCCGGUCACCAACGACGCCGACACGGGGUACACUUCCCCCGAGAAGGAGUACAACCCCACCACGAAGGGCAGCGUCGCGGCGCAGAUAGCGGCAGGCGCCACGCCGCCCACGUCGCCGCUCUUCGUAAUGGACGCGACGUACUCCGCGCACCUGGGCCUCUUCAUCGCCCAGCCGCAGGCGCGCGACCAGAGCGGGAACGCGCCGCAGGAGCUGUAUGUCAGCGACGACCUCGUGCGCUGGACGCUGGCGGGGAACACGGGCAGUAGGUAUACCACUGCGAGCUGGUACCGCUGGCUCCUGGACCCCGUGAGCAAGACGAGCUCGCAGAUCGUCGGGAAACAGUUCAGGUCGUACUGCUCCUUCGGGUGCUCGGGGGGCAGGAGCGGCGAGUAUGUCCGGGUGCAGCUGGACGGGGCGCCGUUCGUGCCUGUCAAGUCGGGCGCCUAUGUUCUCAGCACGCAGGGCAACAAGCUGCGCGCGGCGAGCGGUCUGGCCUCAACCACUGCCGCCGCAGGCGACAGCGUCGUCUUGAGUCGGCUCGACGACGGCGCGUACACCCUCUCGUAUGGCGGCGCCUUCCUCGGCGUAGACGACACCACCAACGCCGGCCGGGCAUGGGGCGCGCGCAUCUCCCUCCGCUCUGCGGCGAGCACCGGGUCCCAGUGGUGGGUCAUCCCCAACCGCCGUGCCGCCGACCGGACGCUCGACGGCAGCUUCCGCGUCAUCAAUCGCUACUCUGGCCUCGCGCUGUCGAUUUCGGCGGGUGGAUCGCGCGGCGUCGACACGACGCCGGUGCGGGCUUGGGACGCGCCGAGUGGUGGGAUUAGUGCUGGGCGGUUGGCUCUUGAGCAGGUCAUUAGCUUCACCCCGGCGUAG